CUGAUCGUCUGGCAAAAACGGGACCUUAAAGAAGCAAGAUACCAACACACUCAUACCCUCUCGCUUAACUUAACACUGACAAAAUGAAAGCAAUAAGCCCCGUGCGGUCCUUCCGGAAAACCAACGCGAAUUUAUCAGAGCACUCCUUGGGAAUCUCUCGGAGCAAGACCCCGGUGGAUGACCCGCUCAGCCUGCUGUACAACAUGAACGACUGCUACUCCAAGCUGAAGGAGCUGGUGCCCAGCAUCCCCCAGAACAAGAACGUCAGCAAGAUGGAAAUCCUGCAGCAUGUCAUCGACUACAUCCUGGACCUGCAGAUUGCGCUGGACUCCAGUGUCGCACUAACCAGCCUGCAUCACCCUGCGCGGCCGGGGCAGGCUCCAUCCAGGACCCCUCUGACCACCCUCAACACAGAUAUCAGCAUAUUGUCAUUACAGUCCCCGGAGUUGCCAUCAGAGCUGAUGACAGAUGACAGCCGGACUCUGCAUCGUUAAAGCGGUGUUUGGUCAAGACGCAAAACACACACACACACACACACACACACACACACACACACACACACACACAGGACCUGGGGAGCAGGCUUUCCCUUCUCCAACCUCUGUCCUCCAGGCCUGGAUUUUUUUUUUUUUCUUUCUUUUUCUUCAGACGCUGAAAUCAAGAGACUUUUGCUUAUUAUGGGACAAUCUUAUGUGAUGUGUUUUCUGUUUGGACACUUCAUUAUUUAACUUAAGACUUUUUUUUUAUUUGUGGGUCCUUUCUGGAAAUGGAAGGCGCGCUAUAUUCCCGACAGUGGGAGGAAAAACAAGAUUAUUGUCACAAGGAUUAUUUCCCCCCCCUCACCUCUGUCCCUCUCCUUGUUGAAGUCUUCGCUUUUUUGCGGAGAUGGGAACGUGAAUAGAAAAGACAACUUGGUUAGUUACUGUAAAAAGUUUAGUCUUGUCUUGUCAGAGUUGUUGGCACGUGAAGGACUGGACGUUGUUUAAUUUAAAAAAAAAAAAAAAAAAA